CUGGUCAUGCAUGGGAGAGGAGGGGGAUUGUGUGGGGAGCAUUCACACGGUAGGGGUCUGUACCUAGGGGAUCGCCUCUCAGAGUUCAGGACAACUUCAGAAACUCAGAUGUCAAGCCAGGAGGUGUAAACAGUGGUGAGCUGUUUGGCUGGGUUGUCGUAGUGACUACCAGACCUAGGUGCCCAAGAAUGGCAUAAAGAAGACCAGAGUGUGGCCCCGAGACUCACAGACUGCAUCCCAGGAUUCUAGCCUGUGCCUCUUGACCCUAGGCCCAAUCCGCGCACGCGGAUUGUGUGCAUGCGUGCGUGCGUGCGUGCGUGUGUGCGUGUGUGCGUGGUGUGUGAAUGGAGUUCCUGUGGCAGUCAUCUUCCUCCUGGUCUGAGACAGGAUCUGUUCCUUGUUCUCCCUGCUGACCCAGUUUCUAAGGAUUCUUUUCCAUCUUGCCUGAGAACAGUGAUGCUUCUAAGCAUCUGGCUUUCUGUGAGUUCUGGGGAUUUGAACUCAGGUCCUCUCAGUUGCUUGGCAAGUAUUUUGCCAUUGAGCUAAAUCCUCGGCGCAAUUCCCAAUCCUUUGAUCCUAAAGAGCUCUGUGCAGGAGCAUUACUGGACCAAGGGUUUGAUGCGAGACCACUCCUCAGAUGGGAAGAAAUUCCUUUAAAGACUCUGAACUUCUCAAUGGAUGAUCCAGAGGAAGAGGACAAGGCUGAUGGGCUCCAGACAGUCUGUUCAGAGUAUGUGGCCAAAGAGUAGAGAAUGCUCUGUAGCAAAUGGGGAAGAGAAACAAGCAACAGUCCUAAGUAUACAUGAGCAACAUAAAUAUACACAUGAAGAGUGGAAGUUAAUACAGAAAAUAUUGAGCUCUAACAGAAUAUCUGGCAGACUCUUCUGUGAAGCAGGAACCCUGAAGGACCAUCCCACCUUGUUUUGGCAAAGUUCAGCAGUCACUUUCCUGUGGAUCCUGCAUGUCCAGUCUGCACAGCACAUUGUCAUCAGUCAAAGCACAGCAAGUGCCAGGACACAUGGCCACAGCCUGUGGAGUCCCGGUACCUGUUUCCAUUGCCGUCAUGAAAUUGCUUCUUGGUGUCUUUACUGUCUGUGCACACCAGCAUUUCAGGAGUCCUGCCCAGCCCAGCAAGGCCCCAGCCAUGUCAAGCAAGGAACAGAAAGACAUGGAGAGACGUGCCAAGCGCCCAAGGGUUGAUCAGAAUCUCCCAUCAGAUGACUUCCAGAACCCAGAUGCAAUCACCCCCGCAAACAAUCCAGCAGUUGAUACCAGUGAGAUGGGCAGCUGUUCCUCAGGACCAGACGUGCAAGAGGCCAGGGAGCCUGUUCAGAAGAGGAUACCGGAUGUCAAAGGUGACGUUACUCGGUACCUUCUGGCAAAGAGGAAGCAGUUUGAAAAGGAUAUAAAUGCCUCUUUGAGCAGCCUGAAUGAAAGCCUCCAGAGUGUUUUCAAAACCCAACAGAAGUCAAGGCAGGAGCUUCACUCCAUGCACUCCCAGAUGUUUGAGUCUCUCUAUCACAAGUGGCUGGACGAGGUGGGGAGAGCAAGGGAGCAAGAAGAACACCUUACUCUUAUAGCUCAGCAGCAGAUGAAGAUUUUACAGAAAGCUAUAGAGGAUCAUGAAACCAGGAUUGAAAACGCUAAAGAUUUAUGUGACACAUUUUUGAAGAAAGCCAAGGACUUGAGUGAACAUCUCAAAGCUUUUAUUGGUGGUGAAGAAAGUGAAGUGAAGAAAGAAAUCUCCAAGGCGCAGGACAGAGUUAUCAUGGAAACUCAAGAGCAAGAUGUGUCUGUUGUUGAAACAUACCUUCAAUCCCUGGUCCUUGACCACUCUGAAGAAACCAUCUGACGCUCACGUAGAGGACGCACAGGGAGCAUUAGCCAUGCUAAGAGGACGUUAGUAGCAGUCAGUGCAGCUCCUUUCUCUUUACUUCGCUUGUUAGAAAUAUGACUGAGACUCUGUUAACCAUUAAGUGAACCCCCAACAGUUCUGUGAGUAGCAACAGUUAAGUGUGGAUCCUCCAGCCCCUGACAGCAAGGGAGAUACAUUCUCCCCAGCAGUGGCAGUUACAUUUUGCAAGAAAAUGUCAUUUGAUUUUACGAUUGGCUUCUUUGGUUCUCUGUCACUUGCCCAAAGUGAAUGUUACCUUUCUUAUUUCAGGAAGAAAUAAAUAACGGUGGGAUCCAUU